GGGAACACUGAGGCAAUGGGCUUUUCUGAUUGGUUUGUUUUGAAGCAGGGUCUGCGUAGUCCUGGCUGUUCUUGCACUCACUAUGUGGCCCAGGCUGGCCUCGAACUCGCGGCGAUCCUCCUGCCUCGGCCUCCGGAGCGCCGGGAUGACAGGCACGCACCCCCGCGCCCGGCCCGCUUUCCUCGGUCCGGCGCCCGCGCCCCGCCCUCCGAACCUGACCGCACCCACUUCCCGGGCGGCGCCCCCGCCCGCGGGCUGACGUCACAGCACCCAGUCGCCGGCCGAGCGCACCCCGCGCCGCUCCGGCCCCAUCCCCGGCCCCGUCCCCAUCUCCGUCCACGUCGCGGCCCCGCUGCAGCGGCGAAGAUGGCCAGCGCGGCGCCUGGGGCCCCGGGCCCGGAAGGACGCGCGGCGGCGGCGGGGAAGCAGGGGGAGCGCGAGGCCGCGGGCCCGGUGGCCGCCGCGGUGGCCCGGCUGCUCGGGGAGCCCGGGCUGUGGCUCGGCUGCCGCGCCCGCGAACUGCUGAGCUGGGAGAGGCCGCUGCGCAGCCUGCUGGGCUUCGCGGGCGCCAACCUGCUGUUCUGGUUCCUUGCGCUGACUCCGUGGAGAGUUUAUCAUUUGAUUUCUGUCAUGAUUCUUGGACGUGUCAUUAUGCAAAUAAUAAAGGAUAUGGUUCUGUCUCGAACAAGAGGUGCCCAGCUGUGGAGAAGCCUCAGCGAAAGCUGGGAAGUCAUCAAUUCUAAGCCAGAUGAAAGACCCAGACUCAGUCAUUGUAUUGCAGAAUCGUGGGUGAACUUCAGCAUAUUUCUUCAAGAAAUGUCUCUUUUUAAACAGCAGAGUCCUGGCAAGUUUUGUCUCCUGGUCUGCAGUGUGUGCACAUUUUUUACAAUCUUGGGAAGUUACAUUCCUGGGGUUAUCCUCAGCUAUCUACUGUUACUGUUUGCGUUUCUAUGUCCACUGUUUAAAUGUAAUGAUAUCGGACAAAAAAUAUACAGCAGGAUCAAGUCAGUUCUGUUGAAACUAGAUUUUGGAAUCGGAGAAUAUAUUAAUCAGAAGAAACUCGAGAGGGCUGAAGCAGAUAAAGAAAAGAGUCACAAAGAUGACAGUGAAUUAGACUUUUCUGCUCUUUGUCCUAAGAUCAGCCUUACAGUUGCUGCCAAAGAGUUAUCAGUGUCUGACACAGACGUCUCAGAAGUAUCUUGGACCGAUAAUGGGACCUUCAACCUCUCAGAAGGAUACACUCCACAGACAGAUACUUCCGAUGAUCUUGACCGGCCUAGUGAGGAUGUUUUCUCUCGAGAUCUCUCAGAUUUUCCAUCUGUAGAAAAUGGCACAGGAACAAACGAUGAAGAUGAAUUAAGCCUCGGAUUGCCCACUGAGCGCAAGAGGAAAAAGGAGCAGCUGGACAGGGGCCACGCAGCAAGCAGAGAGAGGCUAUCAGCAGCUGGGCUCACUCUUCCUCUGAACAGUGACCAAGCCCUUCAGUUGAUGAGCAGCCUGGCUGGGGACGUCAUCACAGCUGCAGUGACGGCUGCCAUCAAAGACCAGCUAGGAGGGGCUCAGCAGGCCCUGGCUCCUGCUGCGCCCAGCCCGGGCGAGGACACAGACACUGAAGAAGGGGAUGACUUUGAACUACUUGACCAGUCGGAGCUGGAUCAAAUUGAGAGUGAGUUGGGACUCACACAAGAGCAGGAAGCGGAAACACAGCAAAACAGGAAGUCUUCCGGAUUCCUUUCACAUCUCCUUGGCGGCCAUUAAGCUGGGACUAGGCUUGCAGCAGGCACAGGCUGCCACCAAAAAGUUUCAACCCAGCAAAAAUAAAAAAACAAAAAAGAAAGAAAAAAAUGGAAAAAAAUUUAACUGUAAGCUUUAAUGAUUACUUUAGAUUUUCUUUGUCUUAUUUUCCCCUCUGCGGUGAAUUAAUUGGAUAUAUAUCAGCCAACACUGAUAGAUUGGUAUUUCUGAUAGUUAUUUUUAUGUAAUAAGCAUGGAAAUGAACUUCAUAUACAUAUACACCAUGUUGUCGGAAAUAUUAGGAGUUGUUUUUAAAGCAAAAAGAAAAAAAAACUCCAAACACCAAAUUAUUAAGAUCCUUCUGUAAGUAUUCUUUAUAAUUAAUUUUCAAGCAUGCAAAAGUUUAUUGUAACUCAUUGAAAAUAUUAACAAUUAAUUGUGACUAUGUGCUGUAUCAGCUCCCUUGUUCCUAAUACUUGGAAAUAAUUUUUUAAAAAACUGGUAAAUUUUGAUGUAAAAAGACAAAUUAUCGAAGGAUUGUUAGUUGAAGGACUUGGGAAGUAUUAUCAAAAUUAGUGUCCUAGGAAAAAUUUUAAAAAUAAGACGUACAGAUCGGCUGGAGCAUCUCCACAUGUUUUCUGCAGUUGUAGGCAUAGGCGCACUUGCAAAGUGGCAUCUUCUUGGCUGCCACCUCUGGUCGUGUGAAGGGUGGUCUUAACCCAGAGAAGUAAGUAGUUGUGUAUCACAUAGAUGGAGGUUAUGGUGUAACCAGAGAUUCCGUUGUUUUGUUGCUCAUUUUUGUCCUCUGUUUGUAAUAGACAUUGUGAGUGCAGAUCUAUUCUGCCCACUCACACUCAUUGCUCAUAUUUUAUAUUGUGUCAUGGAAAAUGUCACCUAAAAUUGUGAAACGAGUUAUGGAUACGUUCUAGGAAUGAUGUCAUCAUCUCAAUAAAGAAAUAAUAACUUGUUUUCUUAGUCUGUAUAGAUAGAAAAGAUAGCUGGCUUUAAAAUAUUUAUUUGCUAUUGAAGUCUACCUGUGUCACCUGUUUCUUAUUGGGAAACUAGAAUAUAUUUUUUUCCUUUGCCUUACACUUUUUUAGAUCAUCUUUUAAUGGUCACAUUUGGCUUACAGUUUUUAACAAAGGACUGAAAAGCAGAAACCAAGAUAGUUUUGUUUUUGUGAUAUAGACUUUUAGUCGUUUUGAGUGAGGGACCAUGUCAGCGAGUCUAAAACAUCUCUUAAACCUUCAGAUACGGCUGGCAUUUCUACAGAUGCACAGCAUCUGAGACCCUCAGAAAGGAAGAAUAAUCUAACAGUAUAGGAAAUCUGUCUCCCCCUCCUUUCAUUUCAUGCCUUUUCUUACGUUUGUAAAGAACAACUCUCGGUAACUAAUCUUGUAUGAAGUAUCUCUUAUUUAUAUUUUCUUUCUGAGGUAUUAAAUUAUCUAGACAGAAUUUUGCCAAAUGUUAAAGGGAAGAAAGUUCCUGAAGACUUUCAACACUUGCUUUUGUGAUUGACUAUACUUUCGUGUCGUUACUGCCUCCUGCUAUGUUUGACGUCCUUUAUUGAUGGUAUCAGGUGAGCCUGUGCCUUCAUUCUCUUGCCCAUUUCAGUACAAAUGUAAACCUGUGUUAGAAAAUCUCUGAACUGUGUGGUUUUGGAAGAGUAUACCUCAAUUCUUUUCAAUAAGAGUUUCUGGACAAGAGGGGAAAAAAUACAAUCACAUAUUUAUAAAAUAGUCGCUACCAGGAUUCUUUUUUUUUAAAAAAAUGUGCGUUUCUUCAUUUGAAAAAUAUUCUUGGUCACAAGGUCAUAAAGUUUAAACAUCAUUUCAGUUUCUUCAUUGAGGAGAAAAUAAGAAUUUCAAUAACCAAAUAAUCAAAGAUUAUGUUAUAAGUCACUGGACAAGCUUACAAGAAGAUAAAUUCAAGGGCUGGUAUUUGUAUGAACAAUAAAUCUAGAAUAAACUGUUACAAACUACAAAUUAAAAUGGGUUUGGAGACAGCAGCAGUCUGCGGAGAGGAGCACUAUGACUAUACAUCCAUUUGAUGGGUUUAUAUAAGAACUUGUGAUUACAAAUUUAAACAGUAAUGGUGCUCUUCUCAAAACUUUUAAGUCGAAUGAAUGUAGGGAUGCUGAAGAUUCUGUGUGUGGGGCCAUUGUUUCUGUUUUGCUAUAGUACCAAAUAAGCCGUAUGACUGAUCCAGUAUGAUAGGGGACAGUAAGUCCUUUACCAUGAGAAAUUAAAUCAAUAGCAGUAUUUCUCCAGUAUCUAAGACACUGAUAAAGAAUGAAUGGCCUUUUCCUUGUGAGAUCUAAGUGAAAUGCAGUCAUUAAAAUGUGAACCAUGGUUUUGCUCACUUCCUGUAGAAAGUGUGUAGCAGAUGUGUAUCAUGUAUUUUUCUCUGAAACAAUAAAGUAGUGUGCUAAAGAAAUUGAAAUUCA